GCGGUAAGCCUGUCUUCCAGGUGCACAAGUCAACCCUUCAACCAUGGAGGCUACAAUGCAUGAAAUGGGACCAUUAUGCUAAAAAGGCUCUGGGAAAACAGUUGACUGUGCAUAAUUAGUAUGGAUUCGUGUUCUUUAACUUGGUGAUGCUCCAAACCUUAUCAUUCACCCUAUAUUUACCUUCAAACCCAGGUUGAUAUCUCAGUAUAGUCAUGCAGUGAGCUGAUGGCAAUAUUCGCUCUCACUACUGAUCGACCUGGCAGAUAUAAAGGAGUAAAUUGGACGAAUUGUGGUGACCAUGCAGUAUAGCAACCAGCUAGGGUGAUCCUAUAAACAGCAAAUGAUAAUUAUAAGAGUGACAAGAGCACUGGCUGUUAUAAUGAAGGAUGCCAUCAAACCACUCAUGCAAACAUUAGAGGGCUCACCUGGGUUUGUACGCUGGACCGUUUGCCAACAUCGCCCAUGGAACUUGUCUAUCCUGACAGACAAGGCUGGUGGGAGAGGAGAUUUUUGAUCACAAAGGCGGGGUUUGAAGCCGACAUUGGUAUGGAAGAAUAUAAUACACAUACAGUGAUGCCAUUAACUGAAGAAGAUUUGAGCAAACUCUUGGAUGAGCUUAGUUCAGUAUCUUUUAUUUGGAGGCGAAUUGGUGUGGAGCUGGGUGUUCGAACUGGAAUUCUUGAAAACCAAAAAGGCAAAGAAAACAAAGAUGCCCUAAUGGACAUGUUGAUCUUUGCUCUUCGGAAUAUUGAAUUUGAUUGGGAAGAUAUUGCUAGCGCUUUGUUUAAGGCAGAGGAAAGGAAGGUAGCAAGGAAAAUCCAAGAAAAAUAUUGUCCUUCAAAGAAAAUCGAAGGAGAUGAUAGUGGUGGUCCUUCCCCCAAGAAACUUAAAGGACAAUCUUAUCAGUAUACGAUGAACAUCCAACCACACGGAAGAGCCCUGAUCAUCAAUAAUGUCAAAUAUCCAAAUAAUCCUAGAUAUGGUUCCGACAGGGACAAGGAGGCAUUGCAAAAGGCUCUCAAGACGUUGGGAUAUGCCGUCGAGUCUGUAGAUGAUUUAUCAACAGCAGAUGAUAUAAAAACAACAGUUGUUGAACAUGCCAACAAAGAUGAAAAUGCUGAUAGCUUUAUUUGCUGCAUCCUGGCACAUGGAAAAGAAGGUGCAAUACAAGGACUGGAUGGAAGUACAGUCAAAAUAGCAGAUAUUGCGAGAGCUUUAGUCAAUUCCAAAAAUCUUUGCCAAAAGUAUUUGCAUCAAAAGCCCAAAAUCUUUUUCAUUCAAGCUUGCCAAGGAAGUGACUUACCACCAUCAUCAACAAUUACUGAUUGCUUGGAAGACGUACCACCUCUGGAUUCUUCUCUUCAGGUUGAAACUACUGACACAGCCACGCCAUCUCUUCCUCGUGACAGCGACUUUUUCUACGGAUUUGCCACUUCUUUCGAAACCAGAGCAACAAGAAAUAAUCUGUUAGGCUCGUCAUACAUACAAGAACUUUGCAAUGUUCUCCAAUCGUAUUACAAAGAUGAAGAUCUUGUGACCAUGGUAACUAGGGUUCAUUACCAAGAGGCAGAAAAAGUUCAUAACCUUGAUCAAGGGCCUUACCGACAACAGCCACAACUUGUUUCUACCCUAAGAGGUCAAGUAAAAUUCAACUAGUAUGAAUGAGCAACAAUUUAAGAGCUAGUGUAUAUAGGACACACCUAAAACUUUCUAGCUAGUUUAUAAUUAUUGACACAUUUACAGUUUAAUAAUCUCACCUUUCGUAUAUCAA